AUGCCGCCACGCCUGACGCCUCUGCGCUUCGUGCGCUCCAACCGCCUCAAAACCAUCCACGGCGGGACCCUUGCAUCUCUUGUCGACCUGGGUGGCUCGCUUGCCGUGGCAAGCACUGGUCGUUUCGCAACAGGUGUCUCAACGGAUUUGAACGUCACAUACAUCGCCCCUGGCGGUGUCGUUGGCGAUCGCAUGACUGGGCAAGCUGUCUGCGACAAAAUGGGCCGCACUCUGGCGUAUACGACCGUGAAGUUCUUCAACAAGAAUGGUGAGCUGGCUGCGAGGGGUAGCCACACCAAGUACGUGUCCAAGACAUGGGAAAAUGAAGAUUAUGUUGCCCCAGCCGAGUUUGUGGCACCUGAGGAGGAGCAAGUGGAUAAAGACGAGCUCGGCACCCUGAACAAGACGAUUACGACUGGUAGAGAGUCGUCCGGCGUCUGGGGGAGGUCGUGA